AGUCGAUCAAAAACAUUCUUGGACGUCAUGUUCUUGUUUUACAGCACCUUUGAAUGUGAUCAAUAUCUUUGGCCUUUUGCAACAUCGCAGUUCUUUAAAGCGCAGUGACUCUUUGGCGGUUGCUUCAGAUCUUGCAGCAUUUUGUUAAUUCAACCCAAGCAGAUCAUGUCACCUUGACAAGGGCACAGCGCUGUUGAUAGUUUCUCACCCGAAUUGUUCAACUUUUUUGUUAUCCCGUCUUCAUCGAUCCCAGGAAUAUCGUUGAUUAGCGUCGUCAAGUUCGGUUAUUGUCUCCCACUUCGAUUUGUUUGCUUACGUGAACCGCGUUUGGAACACUUGGUGCAUCUUUGCAAACUCUUUAAAGAUGCCGUGAACCUUUGCACCAAGCGCUGCUAAUCCAAUGUUCACCAAAUCAAGGAGAUGGACAGUUUCGCAAAAGAACAAGAAGGGCGAUAGCAAGAGUGUCGAACAGACCGCAACACAUUUGCCGUCAUCACAGUCAUCUUCAGCGCCAAUAGAUAUUGCAUCAACAUCAAAUUCACCGGGGGACGCAGCUCAAAAUGUCAGCACAGAAAUAUUGAAGCGGCAUCCAGUAGGAGAGACAUCCCCUGGCGCCCUUCCGGCAGAUGACGAGACAGGACAAAGGUCCUUACUGGAUCUGUGCCAGGAAGGCAGCGAAAAGGCUGUUCAUCAAUACUGCAUUGCCAAUGCCCGCCAGAUCCUUCAAUUCGUCAAUGUUUCCAUGGAUAGCUUGGGGAACAGUGUUCUUCACCUCUCUGUAUCUAUGAACGACUUUACCUUGACCUCCCUACUAUUGCUCAAAGGGGCCGAUCCCAACAUCGCGAACCGAGCAGGCAUCACGCCGACCAUUAUCGCAAAGCGAAUGGGAUUCCAUGCUCUGCUCAAAAUCUUAAAAAAGCACGGAGGUGUGAUUCCGUCAGAGGAGGAGCGGGUGACUACGCAAGUUGGCACGUUAAAACGCAAAAGCAGCAAAAUGGAGAAUAGCGAUGCUCCGGAAAUACCUACCGCCGAUUCGGAUCGGACCGGCCCCCCGCGUUCAACUAACGCAGAUAGUCCGAGGAAAGGAGUAAGUGAGACCUCCUCUUUGACUCUAGAGCAUGAGGGUGGCUCUGGGCAAUGCAACUUUCCCACCUACGACCUUCCCGUCUACGAUGCGAGCUAUUUGGGCCUUGCUGAAGAUAUCAUCUCCAUUGCCCCCCUCCAUGUUCUUACCGCAGCUGAUGCCAACGGAUGUACCCCACUCAUGAAAGCAUCAUACAAAGGGCAGCAUUCGAUAGUCGCAGCUAUCGUCGCGCGGAACAUCGAUUUGAACGCCACGGACAAUCAGGGACAUACCGCUCUGGUAUGGGCUUCAUUGGGUGGGAGGCUUGACGUUGUCCGUCUCUUGGCAGAGCAGCGUGCAGUCAAUAUUGAUGGGGCGGUGAAUCAUAGGCCGGACCGGCACGCAGCGACACCACUGGUGGCUGCGGCGUUCGCCGGACACACCGCAAUAGUGGAGCACCUACUGGAUAAGGGCGCGGAUAUUAACCUUAAAGUGGGAGUGGGUAAGCGUCGAACAGCAGUGAUGAUAGCCGCCUGGAUGCGACGCGAGGAGAUAGUUCGAUUACUAGUAGCUCGUGGAGCGCAAAUCGAGCGGGCCACAGACCAAUGGCUAAAAAACGGCUUCAUUUACCUAAAGCGCUCUGCAUUAGACUACAAUGCGUGGACCGGCAGCCCUGGCUCUUUUCAUCGACUAAUAUUGUCCGCUGGGGGUAGUGUAAAUGCCGCACCUCAAUCGCGACGGAUGAGUCUGAAAGAGAAAGUCUCUUACUUUUCCUCGGAGGAAAACCAGGCGAUGAAGAUGCUGGAAUUCAUCAUGACGGGGUCAGGGGGCAAAGACUCUCAUGUGUCAAAAAGCGACCCGAACUUGGCUACCUUACACGAAAGUGUAGGUGAUAGACAAGAGAUUGCUGCUCCGAAACCACGAGUUCAGAGAGGGCGGGCGCGCAACCGAUUCAGACAGGGUAUGAAUCUGGAUAAGCUUAUUGGGCACAAUCCGGAAGUCAUUAUGGAGCUUACCGAACGCCUUCCGGAACGGGGAACCGAACUUGAUGCCAUAUGGGUCCAAGUAUUUCAAGUCGUAAUCCAACUCCUGAUGGCCGCCAACCAAAACAAAAAGGCCGGGUACAUCCUCAUCUCCGCCAAAGCUAUUCACUACGCUGGUGAAAUUGGUCGCGCUGUGGAAGCCAUUGACAAGGUGCCCGCACCUGUGCUAAAGCCUUCCUCAACGAUGGGACCAGCACCAUCGCUUCCAGCACAGACAACAGAACAUUCCCUAUUUGCACAGAGCAAAAUACGAAUAAAAAUUCGUGAGCUGGCAAGGACGGUGAACAAUGAUCUACCGAAGCAGCUGAUGUUGACAACUAGGAUUGCAAUCGGAGUUUGGCCACCUCAACAUGCAAUGUCCGAUAUGAUUAAAGCCGCUACCGAUUUGGCGAGGACGUGCAGGGAAUUAACGGAUGUAGCGAAUAUGACCGGUGUUUUCCCAGUGCUGGACAAGACGCUAGAAGUCAACUUCGAUCCUUACGAAGACGAGACGUUGACUGCCAACGCGGUAUCAGAGCCCAAUAAAGCCGUUCCAGCAUCCGGUUUAACCUAUGAGGAAUACAAGCGCCGAAACGAUCUCAAAGUUCUUGAAGAAAUUUCUAAACAAAGCACUGGCCGUUCGCGUCCUUCCUCAUCGGUCGAAAAUAUGUCGUUAGUGGAAGACCGCGACGCCCAAUUCUUUUCAAAAUUGGACGAUCUUCUUCGUCAGUUCGUCGGAUCUGUCAAAGAGAUACAAAGCGCUUGCAGCAAUCACUUGAAAGACUUGUAUGUCAGUUUGACAAGUACAGCGGCUCACACUGCUGAGCUUUUGAUUGAUGAGAUUAAAGGCUAUGAGCUGCUUUCCGACUUUCCGGAGGAUCUUCCUUUCGAUCAAGAGGAUGCCAAAGUUCUCGCUGCCAAAGGCGUCAACGUAGGUGAUAACUUUCCAGUUGCAAUUGCCGAUGUAUGGUACGCUGUUCUGGAUGAAGUUCGACAAACCGCACGGACUAUAACUAUGCGCGGAAAGCUCGCGUCGGGUGUCAUGCCACCUCCCAACGCGGGUUUAGAGAUGCUCAAUUCUACAAUACCAUGUGUAAUAGCGGUCAAAAAGCUGGUAACCAUUUCCAAAGAGUGUACAGCCAAAAUCCGGCGGACAACCUAUGAAGACCGAAAAAAGAAGGAUCAACUGAGGAAGGAUGUCCUUCAGAACGAGCAUGUGAAGAACUUGUUCAAAUUAUGGGAGAGUCAAGUCUUGUUGCCACAAACGGAAGCUGCCCCCGCAGCUGAGGCAGAACUGCCCAGUACGGAGGAUUUAGAAUUCCUUCAGGAUGACUUGGAAGGAUUGCAAUUGGACAUGUCGAAUAAUCCACCCAUUGUCAAGGGUGGAAAGUUGACAAAGUUGGUAGAAUGGAUGACAUCCCAUACUCAAUAUGACAAGGAAUUUAUUUCCGCCUUCAUUUUAACACACCACUCCUUCACCACGUCUCUCGAACUUCUCGAAUUCCUCAGCAAACGGUAUACCAUCAAUCUCCCACCAGCACUGAGUCGUCAGCAAUAUGAUCUCUUUCUUCGAUGCAAAGUUCUGCCUGUGAAGCAGAGAGUGUGUGGCGUCAUCAAGUACUGGAUGGAAACGCACUUUGAAGAAGACUUUUCGCAGUGUGAUCUGGUCGUUUUCAAGUUGCGUGAUUUUGUUGAGAGUGUGGUUACCUUAGAUUCAGAGGCAUUGGCCAAAGAUCUCAUGAAGAUGCUGGACGAAAAGUUAAGCGCCACCACGAGUGGUGCAACCGUACCGACCAAAACUCUAUUAGCACCGCAACCCCAAGUACACCAGCCUCCACCACCUAAACUACCCCGGUCCUUUGCAACCACCAGCCCUGAAAUCUACGCUCUACUUUCCUCCUCCUCGACGGGCUACUUAGAAUUCGACCCGCUAGAAAUGGCGCGCCAGCUCGCAAUCCUCGAGUUUGAACAUUUUAGGCGUAUCAAGGCCCAUGAAUGUUUGGACCAAAUUUGGGGAGAUCGGCGAAAGAAGGAAAUGGUACAGAUGGGGUGCAACGUAAAAAGCGACGGUGUAAGGUCUGGACUGACGGAUAUCAUUAAGCAUACGAAUGUGGUAACAGUCUGGAUUGCAAACAGCAUCAUUCGUCACGAAAACCUCAAAGACAGGCGCGAUACUUUAAAGUACUUUGCACAAAUGGCGCUGCACUGCCAAGAACUCAGCAACUUCAACGGCAUAACAGCAAUUAACGCCGCCAUGUCUAUGGCACCCGUCCAUCGCUUGCGAAAAACGUGGGAGGCAUUCAAGGAGAAAUAUCCUAAAAUCCACGAAGCAUACGAAGAAGUAGCUGCUACGGUCUCGCCCAAAGGUCAAUAUGCAAACUACCGCCGUGCUCUAAAAGAGCUUGUUCCACCCGCAGUACCCUUCCUCGGUGUGUCCUUGACUGACUUGACGUUCACCGAACUUGGGAAUCCAGAUUUCAUUCCCGAUACAGCAUUCAUCAACUUUGACAAACGGCGCAAAGUUUACCACAUACUCUCGUCAUCCAUUCAAAAAUAUCAGACAACACCUUACAAUCUUCUCCCGGUGCCAGGUAUGCUGGAAUUUUUCCGAGAUCUUAGCCGAAGUGGGGCUGGAAAGAGUGGGCGGGCGAUAGGACUGGUUGAGCUCUCCUUGAUGGAUGAAGAGGAACUGUAUGAGAUCAGUUUAAGAGUUGAGCCUAGGGAAGAGGAGUUGAGUGAUGAAGACAUGGCUGAUGAUGGAUAUUGAAGAGGGUACUUAGUGUUUGAUGCAGUUAUAUGUAAUUCUCAGUGACAUGUUAAUUUAUCAUUAGUCUUUUUGGCGCAUGUAAAACACCUCGCGAUA